UUAACGAAUUUCUUUAUUACCUUUUUCUCUCGUUCUCAUAGAUGGAAGUGGAACAAACAAAGAAUAUUAUUCGAAAUUUAGAAAAUUAAUAUUGAAAAACCAGAGUCCCACAAAACUCGCAGAUCUGCUCGUUUUUCGCUUCCUUACCUUUCGAAUCUCCAUUUUUUCGUACUCAUUCAGCUUUCAAAGCUUACUCCAACAUAGUGAAGCUUUUUAAUAUUCAAUGGACGGGAUAGGAGGUGAAGCUGCCUCAGCGGCAGCACCCUUGAGCCAGUGGCAACAUGAUAUUUCAAGGCUUUAUCAAUAUUAUCUGGAUAAGACUACCCCACAUACUGUCUACAGAUGGAUUGGAACCAUCUUUGUAGUGGCAAUUUAUGCUUUGAGGGUCUUCUAUGUGCAAGGGUUCUACAUUGUUUCUUAUGGUCUGGGUAUCUAUAUACUCAAUUUGUUGAUUGGAUUUUUGUCGCCUUUGGUUGACCCAGAGAUGGAAGUUUCAGAUGGUCCUUUGCUGCCUACUAAAGGUUCAGAUGAAUUCAAGCCAUUCGUCCGCCGACUUCCAGAAUUUAAGUUCUGGUACUCUUUUACAAAGGCCUUUUGCAUUGCCUUUGUUAUGACCUUCUUUUCCAUAUUUGAUGUUCCGGUCUUCUGGCCUAUUUUACUUUGUUACUGGAUCGUCCUUUUUGUCCUGACAAUGAGGCGUCAGAUUUCACAUAUGAUCAAGUACAAAUACAUACCAUUUAGUUUUGGAAAGCAGAAGUAUGGUGGCAAGAAACCUUCUGCAAGUAGCGGUAUCUCCAACGACGAUUGAUACAUGGCUUAUUAUUUGCAGCAAUUAGUACAAGUACUGAAUUGGGGGAGAAAUUAGAGACUUGAUAUUCACAGUAGCAGAAAAUUUUUUCAUUGAAGUUACUUGUAGUUAAGAUUGCUUAUGGAUUUAAUCAUUGAUGAGGCACAGGACAUGGUUAUGCCAAAUCCUUUAUGAUAACUGAAGAACUGCUGUUGUAGAAACUCUCAGUUUAAUACACGUCGUGAUCUGUUCAGUUCGCAGGGCUUCAUUUGAA